AUGUCUUCAAUUGCUAAGAAUAACAAAGAUAUCUUCACUCUAUUUGAUAAGAAAGGUCAAGGUUCCAUUACAAAGCCUCAAUUCGGUGAUUACUUGAGAGCCAUUGGUUACAACCCUACAAAUGCACAGGUCGAAGAGAUACUCAGUGGAGCCUCCCAGGACGCCUUAUCUCUGGAAGAUAUCUCUUCAUUGAUCGAGUCUAACCAGCAGUUGUUAGAUGCUACUACUACUGCUAAAGUUGACGAUUUCAUUAAAGCAUUCCAAGUGUUUGAUAAAGAAAACACUGGGAAGGUCACUGUCGGUGAUAUUAGAUACAUGUUGACUGGGUUAGGUGAAAAACUAUCUGAUGAAGAAGUCGACGAGUUAUUGAAAGGUGUAGAGAUUGAUUCUGAUGGUGGAAUCGAUUACAAGAAAUUUAUGGAGGAUAUAUUAAGACAAUAA